CAAAAUAAUGAGUAAUAAUAUGGGGUAUGGCCCGCCACCUUCCGAUUCUGACUCGGACAGCUGCUACGAUGGCUUCUACUUUUCGGAUAAGGUUAAGAAAAGUCCAAAGCCACAGCCGACUGUGGAACCGGAUCGGAAGCUCUACGAAGCCGUACUUGAGGGGGACGUAAAGGCCGUGAUCAAGGAAAUUGAUUCCCUGCGGUUCAACGUGAACGACCCGAUCCGCUGGGGACGGACGAUGUUGAUGUUCGCCUGCCGCGAGGGUCACUACGAUUUGGCCGCGUACUUGCUGGAGAAGCGGUCGGCCAGCGCCAACAAGCAGGUGGAAACUCAGACGCCAUUGAUGGAGGCCUGCGACUGUGAGAAGAACGAUCCGUACUUGGUAGAGAAGCUGGUCCGUCUGCUGCUCCAACAUGGGGCAGCCAUCAAUGUGUCCAACAAAUGCGGGAUGACUCCGUUAAUGUUUGCCUGUCGCAACGGCUACACCAGUGUCGUCCGCCUGAUAGUCAAAGACGCCAGCUUGAACGCUGUGGACCACGUUGGCUGCACAGCGCUUUUUCAUGCCAUCGAGAAGAACCGCGCGGAUAUUGUCAAGCUUCUGGUGGAAGCGGGCGUAAAUGCCAUGAUACCCAACGGUAAGGGCUACACUCCCACACAGGCGGCCGAGUCUUAUGGUUAUUAUGAUCUGCUGGAACUAUUGCCACGGACUGAAGAAACGUACUCGGUGCCAUUGCACUUUCUGUGCUACCACACGCUAAGGGACCACAUUCCACGCAUCUUUCUGAAGACCGAGUGCCCGGAGUACUUCCAGGAGCUGAAAAGCAUCCUACAAUCCAUCGAUAUGCAGGAUCAGCUGCACCAUUUCGCCAUUUCGCGUACUUCCCUGGCCGAAUUCCUAGUGAUGGAUGAUCAAGCGCUCAAGAAAGUGGGCAUCCCCUUUCCUGUGCAACGUAACAAGAUUCUGAAGGGCAUCUUGGACUUUCACCUCCACCAUUGGUCCUACAAGUCAAUAGCUCGAGUAAAGAUGGAUGGAAUGGACAACUUCUAUGAUAUUCUCAUGAUCACCGCCAGCCAUAUGCAACAGUUGGUCAUCAUCCAGGCUUCCCUGGACUUUGUCAAGAAGAACCUAAAUGCCGGGGUGCUGGGUAAAACCUCGACGAUGCAAUUGGCCAGCCUUAAGACCAAUAUUAUGGCAUAUCGCAAAUCGGUCGACGACUUAACCAAGACCGUUAAAUAUCUUGGUUCGUUCAGUCCUGCGAAGAAUCCGCUCCACAUCGACUAUAACGAUAUUCUCGCCGUGCGAAAGCGCACAACGGUGCGACGCUACUUCAAGUACACAACCAUUAUACUGGGCAUCUCAGUAUUAAUCUGCCUCAAAUCCAAGUGGUUUGGAUUGUAGAUUCCAUUCCAUUUCCGCUUUGCAGUACAAACCACAUUGAUCCUCAAAGAAUUUAGAAAAUUCGCUUGUGUUCGCUCAAAUCAAAAUAGUUCUAGGCUAAGAAGUACGAAAUCAACCAAGUGUUAUAUGAAGUUUAUAAGUUUAAAUGCGUUAAUAAUGAAAUAUAAAAUUGUUUUGAAAAUUGA